UACAAAUUAUAGUUGGAUUUACUUUCAGCAAUAAAGUUCCAAAGUUACAGGAAGGAAUAGUUAAGAAACAAUCUUUUCUUCUUUUAUUUUUAACUACAGUUAAACAGAAAAUCAUUUUUGUGUGUCCAGUACUUCUCUGUAGGAUUAUCAACCUGAUAGAAAAGCAUGACAGGUGCUGUAAGGCUUUUCCUCAUAUGCUGUCUACUUCAAGGUAUCUUAUGCCAACACUGGGCAGCCUUCAUGCCUCAGACAGUAGAGGGACUGAGUGGAUCCUGUGUGAUCAUCCCCUGCACUUUCAGCUUGCCCUCAGGUUGGGAUCAACACCUGGAUGAUUCCUGUAAAGCCAUUUGGAAGCGGGGCAGCUGGAGUCGAACACAGGUGUUUGAUUCCAGCCUCACUGGAGCGAGCGCAAGCUUAAACAUCCUGCAAGGAAACCUAACAGGUGUCCUGCACGAGAAGGACUGCACCACCAUCUUCAACAACCUACCAUCGAACCAUUACGACAACUAUUACUUCAGACUGCAGUGUGAGAACGAUCUCAAGUUCAACUUUCAAACAAGUGUCAUUAUCACCGCUCAAGAUUCACCGCCCAGACCGAUUAUAACUCCAUCCAGGCUGGAGGUCGAGGAAGGGACUCCAGUGAGGUUGAACUGCUCGGCUGCAGCUGCCUGUCCCAUUCUUCCUCCAGAUCUGACAUGGACCCCCAGUAUAGGUGACACUGAGGAGAACAUGGAAAACAGAUUAAUGACCUCUGUCAUGAACUUCACCGCUUCUUACCUCCACAACGGACAGAAGUUCUCAUGCUCCGUACUUUACAGCAGACAAGGUGGCAACAGCGAUAUUCUGUAUGAAAAAAGUUUGACCCUUCGUGUUCUUUAUCCUCCAAAUAACACAUCAGUCACUUACUCUGGUCCUGUAAAAGAGGGCAGCUCAGUGACUCUGACCUGCAACACAAAUGCAAAUCCAGUUGUGGACGGCUACACCUGGUACAAAGUGGACGGCGAUGAGGUGACAGCAGUGGGUUCAAAGAAGACGCUUUCAACUACAGUCUCAGAAGUUGACAGCCAAUUUUACUGCAAAGUCAGUAACAAAUAUGGUGCCCAGAACUCAUCCGUUACUCAGAUCGACGUACAAUUUUCUCCUAAGGAAACCACAGUAGUCGUCGACCCUGAUGGUCCAAUACUGGAGGGCACAUCUGUUACUCUGUUCUGUAGGAGCCGAGCCAACCCACCUGUGACCAACUAUACCUGGCACAAAGACGACGAAGAGGAUCAGGAGUCUGGUUCGAUCUUAGUUAUAAACAGUGUCGACCCGAGCCAUAGCGGUGACUACCACUGUGCAACAAGAAACGAGCUGGGAGAGGAAGUUUCAGCAGCGAUUCAGCUGGACAUUCAAUAUCCCCCGAAGAACACCUCGGUUUCGGUUGACCCCUCUGGUCCAGUGCUGGACGGCAGCUCUGUAACUCUAACCUGCACAAGCGUUGCCAAUCCAGCAGCAGUUAACUUCACCUGGUUCAGAGUGGCUGGACGAGAAAAGGAGAUGGUGGGCUCUGAGCAAGACUUCAUCUUCAAUGUGACUAAACUCUCAGAGGAUCAGUACUACUGUGAAGCUCUGAAUGUCCAUGGAACUGAAUCCUCAGAGCCUGCAAGUCUGGAUGUCACAUUUGCUCCAGACAUCCUGCCUUCUUCCCGCUGCAUCAAGAUUUUAUCUCAGAUUCGAUGUUACUGCGACAGCCAGGGGAACCCUCUUCCAUCCUUGGUUUGGGAAUUGGCCGGGGAGCCUGUCAACCACUCUGCUGAUAUCCCAAUCAGGGAGGUUCCUCAAGGGAGCGUGGGCAUGAGGAGCUGUAUCACCUUGUACCAUCUGGACGGAGACAUGCCCUCUUUAGUCUGCCUCAGCAUUAACUCACUGGGCUCUGAGAGAUUUGUCUUUAACGUGUCCGCCAGUGAAACCCAGCUAGGCCUCCAUACUGAGUCUCUUUUGAUCGGCUCUGCGGCAGGAGCUCUGGGGAUGAUGCUGGUGUGCAUCCCACUGCUGCUUUUCUUUUGCAGGAGAAGGAAAGGAAGCCUUUCACCCAACAAGGGAUCAGUGGAUACAUCAGACUUUUUAGCUACUAAUGAGACCAACUCUUCACAAAUGCUUUAUGCCAAUAAAGCUAACCUGGAAAGGGGAGGAGUAGCUGAGGACAAACCCCUCAACUACGUCAAACUAGACUUUGCUGAACUCCAGGCCAAGUCGGACGGUAAGCUCGGGGAAGGGGAGAUCGGAGGCCCUGCCUCCAAGAUGACGGAGUAUGCCCAGAUCCGUCAGCACUCUGGAGGAAGCAACAGAGAAGAUGCAAAGGAAGUGACAGUGACAGUUACUGAUACUCAUUUGGGACCAGAGAAAGACACUAAUGGCCUCAUGGGACAGGUCAGUGAAAAGGCUGUGGUUUAACUUUUGAGGAAAUGAUGGCAGAAACACAUGAAUCUGGGCUUCAAACUGCUGCAGGACUUCUGAUGUCCCACUUCAGUUUUAUGCAGUCAGUGCUGCCCAGUUGAUCAGAACACACACUACACACUUGUAAGCUUCAAAUUGAGCUCUUUCUUGUUUCUUUACUGAAAAAUCUAGCAAAACAAAAACACCAUAAAAAUGAUUUUAAAUGCAGUAGAUAGUUACCUCAUGAUACAAGUGUCAGAGCUGAACCUUUAACGUCCCCACAAUCAAUCAUAACAGUAAAUGUUCCCUUUAAACUAAAAAUCCCUUUAGACCUUUAUUCUUCUCUGUCAAUGUUUGCAUUUAAUAUUUCAAUGCUAACUUUUGUCUUACAGCUGUGUUAAUUUAUUAUUUAAACCCUUUUCUGUGCAGUUCGAAAUAAAGCGAGUGCACAGAGUGAAAACACUUUUUUUUUAUUGUGAGUGAAAAUACAUUUUAUAUUACUGAUCAUUUUACAUAGUUUUUUUUUCUGAAAAUACAUAAAUACAUUUGUGCACCUCGAUCAAAACAAAGAAAAGUACAAUAACAAUAGCUGAAGUCAAAGCAUGUUAUGAAUCGGAGCAUCAUGCGUAUAACACAUUGUUUCAACAUGCAUAUUUCAGAAACAAGCCUCGGUAAAGCAGCGGCUGCGCAGCAUUACAACAUGUCGUCUUGUGUUGGAAGAUGUUCAAAAAUGUCAUUAAACUGUUAUAAAUGCGAACAUUUUCCCACUUUCUUUUCUAACUCUUGAACAAAUAUGUCAAAAUGGACUUUUAUUUAUAUUCCAUUGUGACAUGGUUUUGGAGGUUUGGAUUAAGCUCUUAACGUUGUCACUGUCCUCCCUUCUGUUUGGUACUUGUUAAAUGAAUCGGUAGAAAAAACAUCAUCUAAUGUAAAAACAGGACAGUAAAACCUUUUUU